GACUCUGUUCUUACUACUGCCUUUAUCGAAGUUAAAGUUUCUUCAAAUGCCCAAGAUUUAACUGUUGAACAGCAAAGAACGAUAACUAAAGAAUUGGAGCGGUUGGCUCACAGGUACCGAAGACACCAAGAUCUUUCGUCAUUGCCAUUUGUUAGUAGAGUAGCCCGCCUUGCUGAGUUUAUAGAAAAGGCUUUUGAAGUGGUCGUAUUGUUUGUGCAACCAGGAUCUUUGAUAAUAACAGUACAGUGCCCCAGUCUAGAGAGUCUUGAAAGUCUGUGGAAUGGUUACUGUUCUGGUUGCCUUAAUGACAUCGUU